CGUUUGUGGGGGUCUUCAAUUCUCUCUAAGUUUUGAUCGUUUUGAAAAAUCUUAAUCUGGGUCUUCACUUUUCAGCCAUGAUCGUUUUGUUUUGUGUUGUGUGUUGGUUAACCCGUGUUUUCCCCCUUUUUGCUUCAAAGCAACUGCUCUUGCCGCUGUUAAGGCCUCCUUUUUUCGUGUUGGUUGCUGCAUGCGAGGUCAUUUUGCAUGAUGUGAUUGAGAUUGACAAUGAUGAUGACUCUGAGGAUGUAGUGAUAAUCGGCGAAAAAGUUAAUAGUAGUAGCAAAGGGAAGACAAUUGAUGCUGUUCAUGAUGAUCAUCAACUUGUGAAAAUGCCUGAUUAUGCUUUCUCUCUACCUGGUGUGAACAAUUUUGGAUCAGCUAGUGGAAUUGCAUCUUCUAACGGUUUCCCUUCAGUGUCAAAUGAUUUAAUCAAUAUUGAUGAUAGUCAUGGUUCUGAAUAUGAAGAUGAUGACUUCAUUGAUAUUGUUUCAGAAGAUUAUAUGGACGUAGAUGAGUAUGCUUUAUUACAGAAACACUUUGAUAAUGUGGAUAUACCUCCUGGAAUUGAAGCACCUAUGACUUGGUUGCCACCAGGCUAUGACAUAGGUUUGAAUAAGACUGGCAACAGUACAUUAUAUGAUCCUUGGCUUCAUAUGCAAUCAAGUGCUAUAAAAGGUCCAAUGACGCCCUCUACUCAGUCUUCUUUAUCAUUAGAGCCAACUAACUCUAUAGUUCAAGGAUCUUUGGUGGGUAGUUCUAACAUUCAAAUCAAAAUGGAUAAUGUUGAUCACUCUUCUGGAAUGUCUUUUUCUCCUCAAUUAUUUUCUCAAUCUGCCCCUUGUAAGAAGAAAUUAGUUACUUCAAAAAUCAGAGGGCGUACAUCAAAUGCUUCAUUAGGAGUAGAGUCAUCUAAGUCUCACUGCUUUUUAGGGAAUUUCCAUAGUAAAAAGAAGCUUUCCUCAUCAUACAAUGGUUUUAUUGACAAUUCAGAGGCUGUGAAGAUGCCACAUGCAGGUGAGCCACCAUAUUGGGGGCAAUUUAAAAGUGCUAAGAAGGCAGAUGGCAGUAGCACUUCAUCCCAUUCAAAUUUCAUUGGACUUCAUGGAUCAUUGCAUCCUGUGGGAAUAGAUUCAGGAAAACCUUGGUGGAAGAUUUCUCAUAAAACUAAACCAUUAUCUACUCCUCAUAAUAAUAUUCCUAAUCAUAUUUAUCAUCCAUUUGAUCCUCUUCAUGCCCAUCCUGAGCAUGUAUUUGAUAAUAACUGGGUACAUGAUUCUACUAGAGAUGGAUUUAGUGGAACAGCUGUGGACAGCUCAAUUUUGACAAUCUCUGACGAAGCGAAAGAUGAAAUUCUGAGGAAAUUCCAAAGUUUUAAACAAUUUGACACUGUUGAAGACACUUCAGACCAUUACUUUGUUCAUGUUAAUUCUUCAGUGAAGCAGUCUCCCAAGAAUUGGGCUAAAAAAAUUCAGGAAGAGUGGAAGAUUUUGCAGAAGGAUUUGCCAGAUUUAAUAUUUGUUAGAGUUUAUGAGUCAAGGAUGGAUCUUCUAAGAGCUGUCAUUAUUGGAGCAGAAGGGACUCCUUAUCACGAUGGCCUUUUCUUUUUUGAUGUUUUCUUUCCCAGUAGCUAUCCUAGUGUACCGCCGCAAGUUCAUUACCACUCUGGAGGUCUUCGGCUCAACCCAAAUUUGUAUGAUUGUGGAAAAGUGUGCCUUAGUCUACUUAACACCUGGUCUGGCAACAAAAAUGAGAAGUGGCUUCCAGGUGUUUCAACGAUUCUACAGGUUCUGGUCUCUAUACAAGGUCUAAUCCUGAAUACAAAGCCUUACUUUAAUGAACCUGGAUAUGCACGCAUGAGUGGUUCAGCAAAUGGCGAAAAGAAAUCCUUUCAGUAUAAUGAGGAUACAUUCAUUCUAUCAUUGAGGACGAUGAUGUAUAUGAUACGAAGGCCUCCAAAGAAUUUCGAGGACUUCGUUGUGGGGCAUUUCUGCAGCCGAGCUAGUGAUAUUCUGGUGGCAUGCAAAGCAUACAUGGAAGGUGCUCAAGUUGGCUGUUUGGUCAAAGGAGGGGUUCAGGACGUUGAUGAGGGUGACAAGAGCUGCUCAGAGCGAUUUAAGGAGUCUUUAUCUGGAUAUAUGAACAUGCUUGUCAAAGAGUUUGCUCAAAUUGGAGCAAAGGACAUUGAGAAAUUCCUGCCUCCAGCAACAACACUAGUAGUGAACAAUCCAUCAGGUGUUGAUUCCCCGGUUGCAACCAUGAUCAUGGCAACAAAUUUUCUUCUCUCCAUCCUCUUUUCUCUUUUCACUUUCUUCUCCUUCAACCCUCUGUCCUCCUAUGCCUCACAACCUUCUUACAAAGACCACUGUGCUUCCAUAGUUGAAGACUCAACCCCCACCUCCAAACUCAGCCUCAACCCUUUCCCUCUUGGUGAUCAUCACAAUGGUUACUACAUAGGAGGUGACAGCAUCAUCGAUGUUGGUGCUUCUUGGAACCGCUUCUCCUUUUACCUCUCAAAAAGGGAGACACGUGCCACUCAAACCCCAAAACUUUUCAAAGUUGUUGCCACUAUAUCAUUUAGAAGCACCAACACAUUCAGUGAUGGUUAUGGUUCUUAUUAUGGGGCUCAUCGUAGAGGUUACGUGACCUUUAAGCUUGAUGGGUUUUGGCAUGAGUCUUCAGGGAAGGUUUGCAUGGUUGGGAUUGGUGGUGGUUUUUCCAAAGCAGGUAACCCUCUCAAUGUGAAUGCUGUUUUUAAGCUUAAUAAUGUGUUCAAUGCAAGUAACAUCACUAGCUUGGUUAGUGGAAGCUUGGAGAGUUUGAGUCCUAAAAAGGAUGAGAACUACUUUGAACGCAUUUCUGUGUUGAUGUUUCCAAAAGGAAGUUACAAUUAUUCCUUGGAUACCAUAGAAGUUGCUAGGGAGUUCUCUCAAGGGAGUGAUGAUAGGGAGGGAUUAGCAUUGAACUUAAAUUCAUUUAGUUUUUGUAAGUCUCCCCUCUCUUGGGGGAUUGGAAGACUCCAAUUAGAGUACUCUCUUGAUUGCCAUUCAUCUAAGAAAUGUUCUAUAAGUGGGAGUUCUGGUCAAGGUCAACUUCCAUCCCUAAUGUCUUUGACAGGCUUUGAAUGUUCUCUUACUGCUAAGAAACAUAGGUUGAGGGUUCUAAUGGAGUUUCCAGAUAUUCGUUAUCAUUUGAUUAACCAAAGUUUUGAUGCCAAAACUAUGUUAGUAGGGGAAGGAUGGUGGGAUGAGAAGAACAACAUGUUGAGUGUAGUUGCUUGCCAUAUCAUGGGAAUGUCAGCAUCAUCCUUGGAUGGCACUCAUGUGGGUGAUUGCUCAGUAAGAUUGAAAUUGAGAUUCCCCUUAAUUUGGUCAAUAAAGAACACUAGUAGCAUAGUGGGCCAAAUUUGGAGCAACAAGAGUGCAAGUGAUCCAUCAUAUUUCAAGAUGGUAACAUUUAGAAAUGAUGAGGAUCGUGGGGUGGCAGGUCAAGGCUUAAAGUAUGAGUAUAGCCAACUAGAGAAGGUUAACAAAACAUGUCCAACACACAAGCCUAAUGACAAGGGGAAAAGAUAUCCAGAGGCCGAUUCUCGCAACAUGGGAUUUGGUGUGUCAGUUAGAGAGUCUAACAAAAGAGUAGCAUGGGGAUAUUCAGAACCCUUAGCUGUUGAUGAUGAAUUCUCUGAGUCUAGCCUAUAUAAAACUUCUGAUUCUUUCUCAGUUUUCUCAAAUGAAGUUCCUGAUGGAAUCCUCAACAUCAACAAUGGUAGCUUGUUUAACAUAAGCUACAAGAUUAGCCUCUCAGUGAUGUCUUCAUCAAAGUUAGGUGACAGGGAUUCUGUGUUUAAUUUGUCCUCUCAGAGAGUGAAGAUCUCAGCAGAAGGAGUUUAUGAUGCUGGAUUAGGAACCUUGUGUAUGGUAGGUUGCCGUGACAUUCUCUCUAACACAAACACCGAGAUACCAGUAGCUCAUUCUGUGGACUGUGAGAUUCUAUUGAAUUUUCAGUUUCCAUCAUUGGACUUGAAUGAUGGAAGCUACAUUAAGGGAAGUAUUGAAAGCACGCGUAAAGAACAUGAUCCUCUUUACUUCAAGCGUUUAGACCUAUCCGGGGUUGCAUAUUAUAGAGAAGCAGCAAGAAGAAAUGUUUACAGAAUGGAUAUGGAAGUCAUCAUGGCUCUAAUCUCCACAACUCUAGCAUGUGCUUGUAUAGGAUUGCAACUCUACAAGGUGAAGAGAGAACCAAAUGUGCUACCCUUCAUGUCACUUAUUAUGAUGUCAAUUCUCACGUUGAGUUACAUGGUGCCCCUUGUUCUCAACUUUGAAGCUCUUCUCACUCAAAAUCCCAACAACAAAAACUGGCUAUUCAGAAAUAAUGGAUGGCUUGAAGUUAAUGAAACAAGUGUGAGGCUGAUCACCAUGGUGGCUUUCUUGUUGCAAUUUCGGCUCUUGUAUUUGACUUGGUCAGCAAGAAAGAGUGAUGAAAGCAAAAAAGGCCUAUGGAUUGCUGAGAGGAACACAACUUAUGUUACUUUACCCUUGUAUGCAUCAGGGUUAUUGAUUGCUUUGUUGGUGAAGUUGAACAAGGGUCCAUACCAGCCUUCAUAUUGGGAGAACAUGAAAUCUUAUGCUGGUUUGGUUUUGGAUGGUUUUCUCUUACCACAAAUCAUUCUAAACCUUUUUUCAAAUAUGAGAGACAAUGUUCUUUCAUGUUCUUUCUACUUUGGAACUACUUUUGUGAGACUGUUGCCCCAUGCCUAUGAUCUUUACAGGGCUCAUAGUGAUGCUCCCCAAGAUAAUGGUUCAUACUACUAUGCAGAUCCAAGUGAAGAUUUUUACUCCACUGCUUGGGAUAUUGCCAUUCCACUGGGAGGUAUCCUAUUUGCUAUCAUUAUCUACUUGCAGCAACGUUUUGGUGCACAUUGUAUUUUGCCUCAUAGGUUCAAAGGGUCUAAGGUAUAUGAAAAGUUGCCUGUGGUUACUGAAUCUGAAGCAGAAAAGGAAACAACCAACAUGUAAAAUGCCUCUUAUGAUGCCAAGUUCUAAUGGCCUGAUUCUGAUCAGGGUGACUCUCAAGCAGUUCUGUUCAAUGUUGAUGUAAUUUAGCUAUGAAGUUGUGUUGUUGUAGCCUCGGCAAUAGUUUUUUUUUUUUUUUUUUGUAAAAGACUGUUCAUGUGGCUGAUUAA